GCCAAGCAGGCAAGCCCUUUGGAGCGCGCGCGGCAAAGGAAAAAAGGACAGUUUUCCUCCGGUUGAAAUUAAAAAACAAGUACCAGUGGAGAUCAGGUGUGAACAGAAACGAUGUCUGUCGCGGGACUGAAAAAGCAGUUUCACAAAGCAACACAGAAAGUCAGUGAGAAAGUGGGAGGAGCCGAGGGCACCAAACUCGACGAUGACUUCAAGGAGAUGGAGAAGAAAGUGGACACGACUAGCAGAGCGGUACUGGACAUUAUGACUAAAACUACAGAGUACCUGCAACCCAACCCAGCCACCAGGGCUAAGUUGAGUAUGAUGAGCACCAUGUCUAAGAUCCGGGGGCAGGAGAAGGGCCCAGGUUACCCUCAGGCAGAGAGCGUGCUGGGCGAUGCAAUGGUCAGGUUUGGCCGUGAGCUUGGAGAGGAGUCCAGUUUUGGUCUGGCUUUGCUGGAUGUGGGAGAGGCCAUUCGUGAGCUCGGUGAGGUCAAAGAUGCCCUGGACAUGGAGGUCAAACAGAACUUCAUUGAUCCACUCCAGAACCUCCACGACAAAGACCUGAAAGAGAUACAGCAUCACCUGAAGAAGAUGGAGGGCCGGCGGCUGGACUUUGACUACAAGAAGAAGCGCCAUGGGAAGGUGCAGGACGAUGAGAUCCGCCAGGCGCUGGAGAAGUUUGACGAGUCCAAGGAGGUCGCGGAGCAGAGCAUGUUUAACCUGCUGGAGAACGAUAUUGAGCAGGUGAGCCAGCUGGCUGCAUUGGUUCAUGCUCAGGUGGACUACCACAGGCGGUCCACUGAGAUCCUCCAGCAGCUCUCGGGCAAGAUAGAGGAGAGGAUAAAAGACACCUCCGAUCAGCCCAGGAAGGAGUACAUUCCUAAGCCGCGUACAGUGAUGGAGCUCACCCUGCCCAGCGAGAACCACAAUGGAGGCAUCCACAAUGCCAAGUCUCCAGCCCGCUCACCUGCCCGCUCACCUGCUCGCUCUCCUGCCUCUCUGGAGCAGCCGUGCUGUCGAGCCCUGUAUGACUUUGAGCCUGAGAACGAAGGCGAGCUGGGCUUCAAGGAGGGGGACCUCAUCACGCUCACCAACAAGAUCGACGACAACUGGUUCGAGGGCACGGUCAGCGGCCAGUCCGGCUUCUUCCCCGUCAACUACGUGGACGUCCUGGUGCCUCUCCCGCACUAGACAUUCCCUUCUCAGCUGCCCCCCCACCACCACCACUACCACCGCCAUCCCUUGUGCUCCACUCGCUGCCUAGCAACCAGCCGCCUACUCUCUGCCUGAUCUUUCCGCCCAUCACAGGAUUAUUUAGAUGGCAAGGACAAUGAAGACGACGGCAACAACAACAACAACAACAUAAAUAAACAACACAACCUGCUGAGUUUCAUUUUACUGUUGAGCUCUCAGGCAGAACAGAUGGUGUGUGUGCGUGUACGUGUGUCUGUAUGUAUGUAUCUAUGAGUAUUUCUAUGAGUCUAUUAGCGUGGUUGUCAAUUUGUAUGUGUGUGUGUGUGUGUGUGUGUGUGUGUGUGUGUGUGUGUGUGUGUGUGUGUGUGUGUGUGCAAUCCCUUGCUUGUAAGAAAAUAACAUCAUAACCAGACAUGUUGGCUUUAUUGUGCUGUCGGCUAUGUUUAGGACAGGCUAGCAUUCUGUGUGUGUGUGUGUGUGUGUGUGUAUGACAGGCCAUUAUUGAGGGUGUGUUGAUGGCUAUUUGAUGCAUGUCUUCUAUUUGCCUUUUGUUUGUGCUAUUCCAGGGUCUACCACUAGAUAAUGUUCUGAAUAGACUUCAUACAGAAUGUCUAGCAUGCCAGAGCAGGUGUGUCUGUGCGUGUGUGUGCGUGUGUGUGUGUGCGUGUGAACGCUUGAGGUCUUGAAAAUCAUAAAGGCUACAUUUCAACUAAAUAGUGAACAAAUUGAUGACGAUGGCAGAUUUUUAGUGUAGCCACUUAGAUCUGCAUCCUAUCCUGUGCCUGUACUGAGCAUGCUCUGAGAAGUUCUGCUGAAUUAAAAAGGAAUUUCCUGCCAAAAACUUCUACAGCAGUUUGAGAACCAUGCCUGUUUAGGCUAAUCAGUGUUGAGCCCCAGUGCAUGACUAAAGAUGUCCCGUUGGGGAAGCACAACAUCUGAAAUGCAGUUCUAUUUGUGUUCUCUUCAGAACCAUUCCUGUGAAGCAGUGUAUAUAAAAACCUCUAAGCCUCUGUUCAUGUAAAGCUAAAGAAACGUGUAGAUAUUCACUGUGUUUCUUUUGACAAUGUGACAAGUCUUUGCCCAGGUAGAGGUAUGUGGUUUUGUUCACACUUAAGAGUUGCUAUAUUUUUGAGCUUACAAAUCAAGUAAGCAGAGUGGCUCAACAUGAGUAUUUCUGCCCGCUUUGGUUGAUUGCCUUGUGUGUGGUUUCAGCCUUUGGUGUUCAUUGAAGAAUUUUGUGACAUACAUACAUACAUACAUACAUACACACAGUACUCCUCAUUCAGAUUGUAUCUAUUUAUGUACUUAUUUAUUGGAAUGAUUCAAGCUAUAAUGACAGAUUGAGGCUGUAUGUGUGUGUAUGAGAGAUGCAAUGUGUGUGUGUGUUGGUGUGUGUUUAAAUCUAUGUAUAUGUGUAUAUUAUGCUGAAACAGUAAGCAGUGUUGUGGUGAUGUUCUUUAUUGUGGUUGGUGAGAGAGCAGGCUUGUCACCAGUAACCAGCAUCUCUGAGCCUCUUCAGCACACAGUGACAGCAGUCAAAGCCCACCACAGUCCCACCGCACCAAUCACAGUCUUAGUGCAGCGGAUGACUUCAUGAACAGUUCUUUCACACGACUUUAACAAUGUGAAGAUCAAGUGAUGAUGUAGCCCCGCACUGGUCCAGGUGCUACUAAUAGACUAGACCCACCUGCUGUAAAACUUUGAAUUUCCAGAACUUUGGACCUGUAAAACUCUGAUUGGCUGGAUAUAAUUUGGAAGGCUAAGAUUGGUUAGGCAUGUCUCUUUCUGAAACAGAUGGUCCUGACUUAUCAAGAAUGUUUUUUUGUUUUUUUUUGGAAUUAAUUUAUUUGUUACAACAAGUGUUGCUUAAAUCUUUAUUUUGCAUUUAAUACAUUGAAAUGAAGUGAAAUGAAGGCAAUAACUUCAGAAAAGCAAAAUUCCCGCAGCAUCAAUGAGCUGCUCUGAUAAACAAAAAGAGCUGUAAAUAAUGAUUUAUUUACCAAAAAGAGCAUAUAUGUAUGUCUUUCUUAUUUUCUUUUCAUUUCCUGUCUUGUGUGAUCUAUGAUCUCUGUGUGCUCUGUUCUGGACCCAUGCCGAGGGACACUUGUUGGACACAGACUCUUAGCAUCUCCAGAGUCUGUAGUGAGACGAGUGCCAACCUCCAUGAAGCCACAGAAUGUCUUGAGAACAACCUCCAAACCCCACUGCCUGUCUCUUCACUCUGGCCUUGUACUAUUAACUGCCUCUCUCUAAGCACUGUGUGUGUGUUUGAGUGUGUAUAUGAAACUAGUAUUUAUUUUAAUAUAUAGGGUAUUUAUUGAUAGGACUGUUCAUAUCAGUAGGCCUGUGUGAUAGUCCACAUGAGUGUAUGUGUGUAAAUGAGAGAAAGAACAAGUGUGUUUUCUGUGUGUGUGUGUGUGUGUGCAUACACGUAUUUAAUAGGGCAUGUGCUGCGCACCCUUGUGCUGUUCUGCUCUGGGGCUUUUCUCUUCCCCUGGUCUGCUAUGCUGUCUUUCUCUCUCUCUCUCUCUUUUCCUGUGAUGGAGUGGCACGCGUGACAUGCUUCAUGUGAGACUAAUAAACACUAAUGCACAGUACCGACUUCA